AGAAAGAAGAAAAAGGAGAGGACGAAGAGAGGAGAAGAGGGGGGAGAGAGGAGCUGAAAAGAGUGGAGGAUCAGAGGAGAGGAGAGAAGUGAAGAGGAAGGGAGAGGGGAAUAGAGAGAAGAGGUGAGAGGAAUAGAGAAGGAAGGGAGGGAACGCAGAGGAGAGAAGAGGAUAAUGAGGAGAAGAGAGGAGAGAGGGAUGGAGAGGAGAGAAAAGGAGGGUAAAUGAGAGGAGAGUGGGAGAUAGAGAGGGGAGGAGGAGAUGGUUUGUGAUUGAUUAUGUAGAGGUGAAAGAGGAGGGGGAAAAAACAAGAAGAGAAGACAGGUAUGUGUGUGUAGGUGAGAGGGCAGUCGUCUGUGUGUGUGCGCGCGUACGCUCACUUGUGUGUAUGAGGAGGAGGGUCUAACAAACUCAUCCCCUCAGAAUAAACAAGAGAAGAGAAGGCCGAGAGAACGGAAAGAGGAAGAGAAGAGAAUAGAAGAGAGGACUAUCCUUCCAACAGCCCCUGGUGCUUCAGCUUUAUAGGCUGGGAGGAGAGAGAGAGAGAGAGAGAGCGAGAGAGAGAGAGAGAGAGAGAGAGAGAGAGAGAGAGAGAGAGAGAGAGGCUGUGUGUGUGCUGAGUUUGAGUUUUGCCGCAGCAAGCAGACGAGUGCCCUCCUCAACUUCGGUCAGAGCGUUCUAUUCCUCUCUCGAGCCAGCGCGGUACGGGUGAGGAGUAUUCGAUCUCGAGAUGGGAGCCACCGCAUCGGCCGCGGCGCGCGACGCUACUGCCAGCAGCCCGGAGCAGCACGGGCAGGAGCUCCAGCGAGAGGCCAGCGACAUUCUGGACGAGGUUCUCCAGAAGAAUGGACAGCUCUCCAUCACUAGCCUGAAGUCAGAAUCCAUCAGCCCCUCGGACAACACACUACUUGAAGAAGUGGGCCAGCCAGAUGGCAUAUCCCAGAUUGAGGAGGCGAUGACGGGGCCUCUCAUCUCCAUGGAGACUAACGGAGAUGAUGUGGCGGGGCAUCUGAAUGGAGGGGCGGAGCAUGCAAAUGGCGGCGAGGCCGCAGAGGCCGACAUCACCGUGGAGACAGAGAAGGAGGCGACGGAGGAGAAGAAGGAGGUGGAGCCUGCAGAGGAGGUGGGCUUUAAGAAGAUCUUCCGCUUCGUGGGCUUCAAGUUCACUCUGAAGAAACAGGAGAAGAAGGAGGAAGAGGAGCCUGUCAAGCUGCUGAGCAUGGAGGAGAAAGAAGAGGAGAAAGAGGUGAAAGAGGAGGAAUUGAAAGAGGAGGUGAAGGAGGAGGUGAAGGAGGAGGAGAAGGAGGAGGCCAAAGAGGAGCAAGCUAAUGAGGAGCAGACAGCAGCAGCAGCUCCAGAUGAGCCUGCUGUAGACCAGGAGACUGAGACAACACCAGUGAAGGAGGAGGAGGGCGCUGUUGUUAGUCCCACCCCUGCCCCCCAGGAGAGCCAAUCACCUUUCAGGAAGUUCUUCACCCAGGGCAUCUUCUCCAACCUGAGGAAGAAGAGCAUCGUGAAGAGGAGCAGAGAGGAGGAGGAGAAAGAGGAGGUGAAGGAUGAAGUGAAGGAGGAGGAGACACCCCAGGAGAAAACAGAGGAGGCAACCAAAGAGGAGGAGGAGAAAGUGGAGGCUGAGACUGAAGAGGAGGUGGUGGUGAAAGAGGAGGUGUCGGAGGCUGAGCAGAAGGAGGUGUCGGAGGUGGCGUGUGCAGUGGUGGUGUCGGAGGCAGUGAAUGGCCAGCUGGAGGAGGAAGUAGCUGUUGCCACGUGCGACUGCACCCUACAGGAGGAGGCAGCCUCCACACAAGCCAUCGCCGAGGCAACGGCGGAGGGGCAGGAGGAGGCGGAGGCGGUCAUCACAGAGGUUACUACGGUGACAGUGGAUCCAUUAGCACCAGAGGAGGCCAAAGCAGAGGCCACCUCCUCCACAGAGCAGGAGACACAGCAAGAGACGCAGGCCACCUCCUCCACAGAGAUCACCUCCUCCACUGAGGGAGCCGCUCAGGAGAUCACCUCCUCACAGGAGAGGAAGGGGAGCCCCCUGAAGAAGCUUCUGAGUGGUGCUGGACUGAAGAAGCUCUCCUCCAAGAAGACGCGCGCCAAGAAGACGCCAAAGAAGGCGGCGCAGGAGGAGGAGCCCAAGAAGGAGGAGGAGGAGCCUGUUGCCGAGCAACCCUCUGCCGCCGCCGCUGCCGAGCAACCCCAGGAGGCGUCUGUGGAGACGACAUCCGAGAGCCAGAAAACGGAAUCCCCUGAGGAGGAGGUGUCUAGCGGACACGCUCCAGCCGACAGCGGUGCACCUCCUGCUGCUACAGAAGAGGAGGAGAAGGCCGAGGGGGAGGGGGAGGCGGAGAAGGAGGCCAGUCUGGAGGCUUCCACAUCCGACGGGGAGAAGGAGAAGAAGAAGGAGAAGGAGAAGGAGAAAGACGGCCUCCUGAGCUCCUUCAAGAAACUGGUGACUCCCAAGAGGAGACCUAAGAGGAGCUCGGAGAGCGACGAGGAGGUGGCCGGAGGAGACAAAGCCACCGUCACCUCCUCUACAGAGCAGGAGGAGAGCCAGAAAGGAGGAGACGCAGAGGAGACCAGCGCCUCCCCUCAGCCUCAGGAGCAGGAGGAGCAACCCUCCGAGGCCACCGCGGCUGCGGAAGAGGAGGACGUGAGCUCUGAGGGAACCAAAGAGGACGUGAAAGAGGAGGAGGAGGAGAAGGAGGAGAAAGAGGAGGAGGUUGCUGCUGCUGCUCCCGAGGAGCCCAAGAGGAAGAUGGACACGUCCGUGUCGUGGGAGGCGCUGAUCUGCGUGGGCUCUGGCAGGAGACGCGGGAGGAGGACGUCGGACUCAGAUGAGGAAGAGGUGCACGAGGAGGUGGCGCCGGGUGUGGAGUCCCCUCUGGCCUCCUUGCAGGAGCAGGAGCAGCAGGAGGAGACGCAGCAGGAGGAGCAGGCCGGCGCCUCGUCCCCUGAGGAGGGGGAGGGGGAGCAGCCCGUCUCCACGUGGGAAUCCUUCAAGCGCCUCGUCACCUCCCGCAAGAAGCGGCCGAGUGACGAGAGACUCACCUCCUCUGGGGAGCAGGAGGCAACAGGGGGGUCCGGUGCGGAGCAGGCUUUGUCGGACAGUGAGCUCCCCAGGGAGGAGUCGUCCUUCUCGCUGCGUAAGCUCCUCCCUCGGCGUAAGAAGAAGGAGGCGCGGAGGGCUGGUGGCGGUGGAGGGGCCACCUCCUCAGACGUGGGAUCAGGAGAGGAGGACUCUGACACCCCCGCUGUGGUGCCGCUCUCCGAAUACGACGACGAGAUCAUACAGGAGGUGCAGGACAAGGUUGAGGACGAGGUGUCCAAGGUCACCGUGGAGGAGUCCAAGGUGGCGGUGAAGCCUGCCAAGCCGGCCAAGGUCUUCCUGCAGGACCGCACCCCAUCCUGGAUCUCAGCAGCAGCCGUGGCAGAGGAGGAAGAGGAGCAGGUAGCAGGGGAGGUUCAGCAGGAGACGCAGGAGGAACUGAAGCAGCAACUGAGUGACAUCCCUGAGGAGGCAGCCGGAACGCCGCGCUCCGCAGACAACACCAUCGCUGACGAUGAUGACCAUCUCAUCGCCGAGGAGACCAUUGCCGACGAUGACGUGGUGGAGGAGCUGAGCGCUGAGCUGCAGGAGGAGCCUGUCGUCCAGGAGGCGGGACCUGUAGUCCAGGAGGCGGUGGAGGUCCUCAUUCCAGCUGUCACCGCUGCCACGAUAACCAUCGGCGAGGAGACGCAGGAGGAGGUCGCCACGGUGACGGUGGAGAGUCAGGAGGUGCACUCUGCGGUCACACAAGAGGCAGCAGACGUCACAGAGGAGCAGGGGAAAGAGGAGAAGGAGGUGGAGCAGACGUCCCAGCUCACCCUGGAGGCCCUCGCACCCGUUGCAGAGGGAGUCACCACAGAGGAGACGCCGCAGGAGCAGAGCGGAGCAGCAGAGGAGGAGGAGGCCCAGGCCACACAGCAGGAGGGGGUUAAGGAUCACAGCGCUGAGGUGGCAGAGGAGGUGGUGGUGUUGGAGGAAGAGGAGGUGAAAGAGGAGCAGGUGGAAGAGGAGGUGGUGGAGGUGGAGAGCGUGUCUUUGCAGAGUGCGGAAGUGCAGGAGGCCCCAGAGGAGGCUCCAGGGGCGGAGCAGCUGCAGGGGGCGGGGCCAGAGGAGGCCACCAAUGAACAGCGGGCAGAGGAGGUGUCUGAGGCUCGAAAACAGGAAGUGGCGACCGCUCCGGCUGCGCCGCCAUUGGCUGAAGCGGAGGGCAGCACGGAACCUCCCCUCGCAGUCGCAGCGGCCACGGCCACGGAAGCACACGCCACCACAGAGACCACAUGUGAUGUCAUCAGUGCUUCCCUAGCCCUAGCGACAGCCGAGACACAGGAUUCUGUCGUCACGGAGAGCGCUGCCAUCAUAGAGGCCGUGGCCGAGGAGGAGCUGGCUGAGGAAGAGGAGGCGGUGGCCAUGGUUACGACAGCAGCAUCGCUGGUGGAGGAGGUGGUGACUAGCCAUCAGGAGGAGGUUGUGGUGGAGGAGAAGGAGGCGCAGGAGGAGGAGGCGCCAGAACCCUCUCAGGCCGAGGAGCAGCAGGAGGAGGCAAAGGAGAUUGAGGAGCAGAGCUCAGUCAUCGUCCAGGCCAUCAUCCAGAACGUCAUGGAGAACAUGGAGAACAUCUCAGGCAUCCAGCAGCAGGAGGAGAAGAGGGAGGAGGAGGAGAAGAAAGAGGAGGAGAAGGAGAGUCCAGAACCACAGGUGGAGCCAGAGAUGGACUCCACAGAACCAACAACAGCAGCAGGAGCAGAACCUACAACUGAGGCAACAGCAGCUCAACAGGACACUAAAGAGGAGGUGGUCCCCGGGCGGGCGAUGGUGCAGGCGGCGCAGAUGCAGGAGGUGCUGCCGCUCUCUCUGGCGCUCAGCAUCACCGCCCUGGAGGUGAGAGAGGAGAACGCAACGCUCACCGUAGACGGCAUCGAGGAGCACCAUGCACUAGCAAACACCAAGGAAGAGGAGGAGGAGGAGAGGAAAGAGAAGGAGAAGGAGGAGAGGAAAGAAGAAGAGGAGGAGGAGAGGAAAGAACAGGGGGAGAAGAAAGAGGAGCCAGAGGAGGUAAAGGAAGAAGAGCAGGUGAAAGUGGAGGAGGAGCCAAAAGCAGACCAUGAGCAGGUGGCCACGCUCACUGAGGACCCUGCUGCCAAUCAGGAAGGAGAAGCAGCCGGUACAACAGGGACAGGAGCCGUCGUUAGCAGGGAGACAGAUGUAGCUGUUGCCAUGGAGAUGGAAGUAGCCAUUACCACGGAGACGGAAGCAGAGCCCAAAGGUAGCGAAGAGGCUCCUGCAGGUACCAUGGAGACAAAGGAAGAGACAGAGACCGCCGCCUCCUGCCAGGACACUGAGGACAAACCGGCACCUGAGCCCAGCGGUGCUGUCCCAGAAGCUAAGCCGGAAGCCACACCUAUACCUGAAGCCACACCUACACAGGCCCCUGAAGCCACACAGGCCCCUGAAGGCACACCCACUCAGGCCACUGAAGCCACGCCCACAUCAGAAGCCACACCCACACCAGAAGCUAAGCCGGAAGCCACACAGGCCACUAAUGCCACCCCCUCAUCAGAAGCUUCUCCUGCACCUGACGCCACUCCCACACAGGCACCUGCUGUCCCUGAGGCGACGCCCACCCCCAUGGUUGCCAUGGUGAGUGCUGUCCAGGUGACGUCGCAGCUGAUUGAGGAGGUUCUGGAGGAGGUGGAGCCUGUCUCCACAGAGAUCGCCACCAUCUCAUGAACAGCAUACAGUGACAGAGGUGUCACCAGAUCAACACGUUACCACGACAACUGUGUCAACUGUCCCCUCUUCAGUCCCCAUGACAAUCGUGUGUCAUCAUGACAACCGUGUGGUACCAUCAGAGGACAAUGACACCAUGUCACAUGACAAGACAACGUCAGCAUGACAACCACGUCACUUCCAUGUCACACAACAAGACAAUAUUGUCAUGGUAACCAUAUCACUACAUCCCACGGACCAUAAGACCACACUUUAGCAUUCCAAGGCCUCUACAGGACCACACACACACACACACACACACACACACACACACACACACACACACACACACACACACACACACACACACACACACACACACACACACACCAUAGACCCAUAUUUUAUCAUUCCAAGGCCUCGUGAGAACCAUUCACUCAAUGUUACACAGGCACGCAUGCACACACACACACACACACACACACACACACACACACACACACACACACACACACACACACACACACACACACACACACACACACACACACACACACACACACACACACACACACAGGAAAUGUGAAAAAUGUGAUUUUAGAGAAUUAUUAUUAAUAAUUUAAACAUUCUGCUUCAUGUAAAGCUGUGGUGUGGUUCCCAAACUUGUUCUGCUGUGACCCCAUUUUGGAUCUAAGAAUAUAUUCCAAAUGCCAUUUUUUUGUUGCUAUUUUUUUAUUUUAAUUUGCAGGAAAAGUUAAUAUAUUUGUUAACCAUACAAGAGUUACUUGCCAAUUUAUGGAAUUAUGUUAGCUGUUAACCUGUGGAUUUCCCAUUUAAUGUGCAAAGUUACUUCUCUCUGCUACCACCCUGCAUUACCUCUGUGACCCCUCUCUAGGGGUCCUGGCCCCCAGUUUGGGAACCACUUGUGUGGAGUCAGAUGUGUCAUUGUAAAUGCAACCGUGAGCUUUAGGUGCCAUGUUGGCCAAUUUUACAGCACUUUUUAUGUUUGUUCCACGUAUGGAAAUGUGUUACAGCUCCCAUUCGAUAACUCAUGUUUUAAUGUUAAACUUAAUCUACUGAUUUUAGCUCAUGUUUUAUUGUUAGACUUAAUCUACUGAUUUUACACUCAUGUUUUAACAUGUAUUUUGUACCUUUGACAAGUAAAUGACUGAAAAAUGAAUUCUAA